GGAAGUCACAGUUGCAUGUUAGGGGUUACGUUAAGUAAUUCAGAUAAUAAAAUAUCUUUUUAGCCUUAGUUAGCCUAACGUUACAAUGCUGAUGUUCACUGUCUGUGUCUGUUUAGUGGGAGAUAUCUGGUCAUCAUUUAAUGGUAACUCAUUUUAAAUCCACCGUGUUUACUGACAUUUUAACCAGUUCCAGCAUUUUAAACACUUUACACCCACUAUUUACCUAGCGGAUCACGGCAUUAUAUGUGCAGUUUGAGUUUAAACUGUUUACAUGUUUGUCCAGCCGUGGCAUUUGGGAUCACGUAUUUGACUUGAAGUUUAUGUUGGUGACUUCCACAGUUACAAUCUUUAAAUUCGUCUGAUGUUGGUGUCAGUAUGCUAACUUUAUAAUUCCGUUUCAUAAUUUAAUUUAAUAUGUGAAUUUGUUGUUCGUUUGUUAAUUGUCACUUACGCCAUACAAUACAACACAACACAAUACGUCGUUGCCGCUAAUGUAAUGAGAGCUCUGUUAGUGUAACGUUAACCUUAGCAUGCCACGGACCCAAUAACACAUUAGCCUGUUUAGUUAGCCAGAUAAAUUCGUAGGGUCCCUAAAUGCAUCACAUAGUGUUGGCUGUUUUUAGUGACAGUGUAUUUAAAGAAACUAUUAGACUGUUGAGAAAGAUUUGUCGAAAUACGGCUUGGUAUUACUUAUAUUAUAAUAAUUCUGUGGGGCGUUCACAUUUUAAUCGAAAUUUGAGUGCUGCCUCGCGACAGACCGUAGAGCAGACCGCGUGCCUGCUGUGGCUGUCGGUAGCCGUACAUCGCUCCACGUAGGCAUCUGGAGCUGAGUGACCUUUGAGUAUGUUCCGUUUACAUUUAGGGCAGGCCGCUGUGCUGGAGCUGCGUAAAAUCAACAGUAGUUGUCCAAUUAGAAGACCUCACAGGUGGUUUUGUAUGAAAUGCAUGACCACAAUUAGUAAAUUCAGUCCUAAAUGGGCAGUACAGUCAAAAUCUAAUCUAAUUUAACUCUUAUGUCUGUGGUGAAUCCAGAAAGUUUAACAUUAGAGUGGCAAGAAGUUUUGGCUGGGUGAUAUAAGACUCCCUGAGAAAGGAAUACAGAAACCUACUACAUCUGCAUGUGAAGACAACAGAACCUAGUCAACAAUUAAAAAAAAAGGCGGUUUACUAUCCUCAAACUGACUUGAACAGAAAGCAAACACCAGCAGUCAUGGAUCUGUCUCCCUGUCUUCACUGCACAUGGGACAAUUUGCCUUCAAGGCUUUCUCCUUUCCUUUCUCAAAGGACCAGAAAGUGGAUGCUGCCUUCACUUCCAUCCAUCCACUCAUUGAAGCUGAGCAUCAACUGUGUGCGGGUGUACAAGUUGACAGUGUGUGCACCUGACUGUUGAGUGUGCUUGUGUGUGUAAAUUCACUCUAGGCUUAUGUGAGUCUGUUGUUUUAUGGUAGUGUGUGUGUGUGUGGGUGUGUGUCUGUGUCAUCCCCUGCACCAGUGCAACAUGUCCCUGUAUCCCUCAAAGCUCCAGCUGAGUCCAUCAGUGUGUUUUCACCUCGUCUGCCUGCUGCUGCUCCUCAAUGAGUCCGCCUCCACAGUACCUAAAAGGGAGCCAGUUACAGCCAACCCCCUAGCCCAGCUCAACACAACACUGGCUAACUGCUCCCCUGCAUGUGAUAGUGGUGAUGUCACUAAAAAUGCAACAGUUAAGGAUUCAUCAGAAACUGGUUCCCUGAAAGUGACAACAUUAACACCACAGAAGAAUUUGAACUCCAGUGUAGCAUCCUUAGUCCCACCCAAGCAUUCUGAAGGAGGAAACCAUUCAUCCACAGCCACAGCAUCCAAUCAGACAGUAUCACCAGACCCUGAGCUUCAAUCACCAGAGAGAGUCCCUCAGCCUGCAGCCCCUCCUCUUUCUGCCACCACAGCCUCGACAACACAGGCUGCUCGUGCUGGAUCCAUUACCAGCACUGCUACUGUUACAUCCACAACUGCAGAGUCUGUUAAGAAAGGAAACAUCACCACCCCUGUAUUGCUGACAUCUAAAACCACGACACCAGUUCCUACCACAAACACCACACAGGUCAGACGUGAAACCACAACAAAACCAGUGUCUACUCCUACUACUACUACAGCAACAACAACCAAAACAAUAUUUACAAGGACUAGUACCACUGUUACCGUUAAUACAACCACGUAUAUAAACAAAUCACCUUCGCCACCAUUACUAUUGUCGUCAUCGGCUGCCACGCCUCAGCCAAAUGCCUCGAGUACCGGGACGCCAUCAUAUCAGACUGCCUCUUUACCCACCGGACCUGCUACUAGUACCAUAACUACCAUCAGUCACAGUGAGCCGGUUGCCUUGGGAACCAGGGUUGCAGUGGUAGAAGUAGCAGGUGCUGCUCUGACCAGGCAGGUAGUGGACACAGCAUCUUUACUGGCUGUCCUCCUCUUCGGCCUACUCUUCUUCUUGGUCACAGUGGCAGUGUUCAUCACACAGGCCUACGAGAGCUACAGGAGAAAGGACUACACCCAAGUGGACUACCUGAUCAAUGGCAUGUACACAGACUCAGGAGUGUGAGGAAGGAAGGACCUAAGCACAACUUGUAGAGACUGUAGGACAGAAGUCUGACCAGAUGGUUUCACUGUGGUGCUGUGAAUUCACAAGGUGAUUCAGUGCCACAGACAGUUCAGGAAGAAGUAAGGACUGACUAAACAGGUCAUUGAGCUGACUCUAAAACAAUAACUGAUUUGUUUCUAUCAUAACUGUUCCACUUAAAGCUUUGUUCUUUUCUGUCUUUUUUUUGAUGAUUUGAAGACGAAGAAUUUGGCUUGUCUGAUUUUUGCCAAAGAUUGAGCUACAUACAUUGAGGUUAUUUGGAUGUAACUCCCGUUCUGUCAGUUCAGGCUUAGCCCUCUAACAGGUUUUCCUACUGGCCCAUGACAGAAUCUCCUCCACACUGCUGAUCACUUUAGUUGUAGUUUCUUCCAGGUUGGCUGGACCAAUCAGGAUGCCUCCUUUGUUAUAGAAAGCUCAACAGAUUUGUUCAAGUUAAUUUGUAAGCAAUCCAUAUAUCUUAAUGCACUUUUUCUCACAUUCAAAUUAAUAUUUAGUGUUAGAGUAAAAAGUCAUGGGCCUGUUAUGGACCAAUGCAUAUUUGUUAAUAUGAUGUCCUAGAUGUGACUUGCGUUUUCUAGUGAUGAUUUAAUGAGUCAUUCCACCUGCAAAGACCAGAGAAAUGACUGAGUCAUAAGGCAAAAGGAGCAAAUUGGUUGAAAAUGUCUCAGUCAGUCUUGAGCCUAAUGGCCAAGUACAUGUCUGUUUGACAAACAAGAACCAGCUCUUCAGGUGGUAUGUCUAAAACUCAUCACACUGCAGGUGAAUUAAGAUGUGUACUGUGUAAGAUUCACAUGUGGAAAAAUAGCUCAUCAGUAGGGCUAUCACCAACUUUUGGUUGUAUUCUUUCAUGAGUUUAUGAGCGUAUUGUGUCAUAGUUUUGCAGAAUGUUUUUGUCCAAAUUAAUAUUUUUGAGGAAAUUAAUUUAAUGAAAAACUGAAAAAAAUGGUUACUUGGGAUUUUGUUUUGCACAUUUAAUAGUUUUAUCUGAUGUAACAGUCAAUCACAAUCUUGAUGAAUACCCAUUUGAUCACUUUACAUAUAUAUUUUUUUUUCCGUUUGGGAAAAUAUCCCUAUUAAUAUAGUGACAUUGAUUUCAAUUAUGUUGGCCAGCCCUAUGGCUCAUCUUUUUAGAUCUUUUUCAACCUCUUUUCACUACCAGCUCAAAGUAAGUGCAUUGGUUAUACAUUUCCUCUUGCUACGAUGAUGUACAGAUGGGUUAAGACACUGUGACAUCACUGUUGCUUGUGGUUCCAGGAAACAACAGCACAAGCAGCCAGAUGGUAAGGUAGGCUAGAGUAUACCAACCUAUGUGCUUUUCCUGUGCACAGAGGGAUUAUGAGCUGAGUAAGGCUUUCUGGCUCAACUUCACCUUCUUUGAAGGUGCAUGGAGAGGAGGGGUAAAAAAUCAGUUUCUACAUAAAACUGCUUAUUAUGCCGUCUUCUUCAUCUUUCUGUUCAUCUUCUAGGCCUUUCCCAUGUCAACAUUGGGUUAGAGACACAUGAGAUAGAGAAGAUAUGUUUAAUUCAAUAAGUUUUAAAUGGUCCAUGUUGUCCUGAUGAUGGACCCUCAUUUGUUUGUGAGGCCACCACAAAUUUGUGCUCCCUGAAAGCACUUGUGUGGGAGCAGGAUGUGCCAUUGGUGGCAAAUGUGUUGAGUUUGAGACCCAGGUGCUGCAGAAAAACAUCUUAUAUCUACUCAGGCAGAGUGCUGUGUGAAUUAGAGACAUGACUUCAAGGUUUAAUGACAGUUUUGGUUGAGACUGUUCUGCGGAUCGUCCUGUAUUUCUCAUUUGUCUUCCUUUUUCUUUUUUCAUGUUUCUCCUCAAAAUGCAUAGUAUAUUUUCUAAUUUUGCUUACAGUGAAUCUAAUUUAAAUGCUCAACUAUUUUGAAUACAUUUCAUUGUAUGUCUUCUGCAUGAAUCAACUGUCUGUUCUAGUUCACGUCCAAUUUAUGGGUUAUAUUUAGUCUAUAUUUCCUUAACAUUCUUCAUGUAGAUUAAUAUGUGCCUCACAUUUCUCAUGUGUUUGUUUAAAUGUUUAAUAUUUCACUGAUGAACAUUAAUCUUAAGCCAUUCAUAUGCUUCUUUAGAAUACAUUUUGGAGAAGCGUCAUUAUUCCUGGAGGCACUGCAUUCAUUCAGAUUUUUUCCUCAAAAUAAUGACUUCCGUAUAAUAUUUUGUCUGUUCUCAUAAUUAUGCAGUUUGUUGUCAUAAUUAUAGAAUUUUCCAAAAUGAGAUUUUUUUUUUAUCACUAUGAGUGAAAUAAUGAAACAUUACUGAGCCAUAUUCUUCAAGCUCAAAAUUAUCUUACAGUUCAGAACUGUGGAAAUUCUAAAUAUGAAUGUAAUAUGAAUGCACAGAUAAGUAUUGUCUUAAGGUUUGAGUGAUGAACACAUACUCUGUGUGCGUGCUCCUUCAGUUACAGUUGUGAGCAAUUUAGAUUAUGGACAGAUGCUCUUCUAGGCCCUUUUUUCCUGAGUCCUAGUCCAAAAUUGUUUUGUGCUUUUUCUUUAUGUUAAAGACCAAAACUUGAGAAAAAUCCCGUAACUCAGUAUCCAUGGUACAGACUGAAUUACAGUUGCCUUUUUGUCUUUUCUUGACAGGUUGCAUUAGCUUUUUUCCUCUGAGGGGUUUACGGUUGUUGGACAUUUGCCAAAUAAUUACUGGAGCCCAUUAUUGUAUGAUAAAGCCAAGGGAAACAUUAACAGACUGGUGUGAACUCUACUCCACAAGAUUUAUGAGUGGAUCUGAAAGCCUUCAUAGCAGUAGCUGUAGAGUAUUUGCAUUAUUGUGUAUUUUUGCAAUAUAGAAAUUAUUUUAGUUUUUGGCACAAAUCUUUUUGUUUUGUACAGUAGUACAGUACAGUUUGUUUUGUGCAGUUUAUCUAGUUUAUUUUCACAUGAAAUUUGAUGUUUAUCCUGUUACUUUGGGAGAAUUAGAUUUUCAUCCCAUUGUCUCAGGAUCAAGAUUUUGAUCGACUGCAAGACUUUUCAGCUAUCAUUGAAAACAGCCAUAAUAAGACUGCUCUAGCCUUUUGUACAAUUGAUUUCAUGUCCAUUGUGAUGACAAAAUUUGCUCAUCACAGUUAGCAUGUAGUAUUAUGUAUCAGAUUGUCCUGGAUGAAGCCACUGUAUUCAUUACACGAGUGAAGCAUUUUCAAGACUUGAUGACCAAGUUGUAAUUCAGAGCCUUUGACACAAAGAAUUCUAAAGUGAGCUGCUGAAGGUCUUGGAAACAGUACUGGUGUAUUGUGUUCAGGGUUUCUGAUUUGUGUUUGCAGUGACUUUUGUGCAGAAUGUCAA